CUCUCUCUGACCCCUCCCUCUUUGUCCAUUCCCUGCCUCUAUUGGUGGAGACCCUCGUGUGACGUAUGCCUCAUACCUGUGCUGUGGAGCGCGCGGCCUUGGGGAGCGGUGAUGAGGAUGCUGCUACCAUGGCAACAAGACGGCGGGCUCGAGCCCGUUCGCGUGCGUGCUUAUAUAUUUAUUUAUUUAUGUACUUACUUAGCUCGGUUGUUCGCGCGCGCGCGCUGUCACUCAUGAAGCAGCGCGUCGUCGUGCUGGACGUUCAGGCGGGACCGCGUGUGUGUAUGAGUGAGUGAGUGAGUGUGUGAGUGAGUAACUGUGUGUGAUUGAUCGUUCAUGUAAGUGCGCGCGCGCGCGUCUGUGUGUGAUUGUAUCCGCGUGGCGGUCCGGGAACGAACCGGUUUAAGCGCGUGACGUGCGGGCCGUGACGGCGCGCGGGGCUCUCCGCUCGGUCUCGCGCUCCGUUUCACCUUCAGCGCGCGAGGGUGACGUUUCUCUUAUUAAUGGCGCGCGCUUCCGCUCAGCGAAGCCCUGUUGCGCGCUGAGAGGCGAGCUUCGCUUCUUUACCAACAUCACCAUCAUCAUCACCAGUAUCACCAGUAAUACCAGCAUAUCACCAGCUUCAUCAACAGGAUCAUCAGCAUCCUCAGCAUCACCAUCGUUAUCAACAUGUUGUGAUGCCGGUGCGUGCAAAUGCGAGAGCGUGUCAGAAUGAAUCAGCGCGCGCGUGAGUCAGCGCGCGCGUGUGGGAGCUCCAGACGGACCGCGCGCGCCGGACACUGACGGCGUGGCAGCGGCAAGAUCAAACAGCACGGCAAGAAGGAAGGAGCGCGCGCGGUACGCGGAGAUGGCGCCGGCGGGGCGGCAGCACUGACGGACGGACGCGCUGAAGGACACACGGCCCUGCGCGCGCAGCCAAGGGCAUUGAGGGCAGAGACAUGUGAAUGAGAGACAGGCAGGAGGCACGAGCGCUGCGGGAGCGCGCCUUACACUGCCGCGACGCGUCACACACAGAGAAGUGUAACAGGUCAGAGUACACACCGAGAGUGUGUGAGUAUGAGUGUGAGUGUGUGUAUGAGUGUGGUGCUGUAUGUGAGCAUGUGUGUAUGAGAGGGUUUUGUAAGAGUGUGUUAGUGAGAGAGAGAGAGUGCGUGUGUGAAUGGGAGUAAGAGUGUAUAAGUUUAUGUGUGUGUGAGUACAUGUGUCUGUGUGUGUGAGUGAGUGUGUGUUGUCAUGGAUGGUGCGGUUGGCACCGCUGCCCGUAACGGUGAGCCGAAGCGGCGCAGUAAGGGCAGUCUGCCAUCACCUGGCUGCCGCCUGUCCCAGGCCUCUCUAGAGGGUGAGCGUGGGGACCCGCCUGCCCGUCGCCGCCCAUCCGUUAUGAGCUCCUCUCGAGAUGGUGGCCCCUUCCGCUCAGGCACCGCAGCCGGCACUGCUGCGGGGACCCCCACCACACCAGUCCCGUUGCCCCCACGCUCUGUGGGCUUUACAGCAUCCCGGGCAGCCCUGGCCUCCACCUCCUCCUCUGGGACGGGUGUGGUGGUGGUGGCAGCAGCACCCGAGACGAGUGUGAGCACUGCUGCCGGAACACCUGAGGCCCUGCCGGGUCUGGAUGGAGAAGACUACAGCUACUCCAACCAGUCCACCUUCAUCCAGAGACAGUUCGGUGCCAUGCUGCAGCCCGGAGUCAACAAGUUCUCCCUGCGUAUGUUCGGCAGCCACAAGGCCGUCGCUCUGGAGCAGGAGAGGCUGAAGAGUGCGGGAGUGUGGAUCAUCCAUCCGUACAGCGACUUCAGGUUUUAUUGGGAUCUCCUCAUGUUGUUACUGAUGAUGGGAAAUUUGAUCAUCCUGCCAGUGGGAAUCACUUUCUUUAAGGAUGAAAACACUCCUCCGUGGAUCAUCUUCAAUGUGGUGUCAGACACACUCUUCUUGGUGGAUCUGGUGCUGAAUUUCCGCACAGGCAUUGUGAAGGAGGACAGCACGGAGAUCCUGCUGGACCCCAAGGCCAUUCGGCAGCGCUACCUAAAGAGCUGGUUUCUGGUGGACUUUGUCUCAUCUAUACCCGUGGACUACAUCUUCCUCAUGGUGGAUCUGGAGGCUCGGCUGGACUCAGAGGUGUACCGCACAGCUCGAGCGCUCCGCAUCGUCCGCUUCACCAAAAUCCUUAGCCUGCUGCGUCUGCUCCGUCUCUCCAGACUCAUCAGAUACAUUCACCAGUGGGAGGAGAUCUUCCACAUGACCUAUGAUCUGGCCAGCGCCAUGGUGCGCAUCGUCAACCUGAUCGGUAUGAUGCUCCUGCUGUGUCACUGGGAUGGCUGCCUGCAGUUCCUCGUACCCAUGCUCCAGGACUUCCCCAUUGACUGCUGGGUCUAUAAAAACAACAUGGUGAAUGACUCGUGGGGUGUGCAGUACUCCUACGCUCUCUUCAAGGCCAUGAGCCACAUGCUGUGUAUCGGCUACGGCGCCCAGGCCCCCGAGGGCAUGACUGACGUCUGGCUCACCAUGCUCAGCAUGAUCGUAGGGGCCACCUGUUAUGCCAUGUUUAUCGGCCAUGCAACCGCGCUCAUCCAAUCCCUCGACUCCUCGCGCCGCCAGUACCAGGAGAAGUAUAAGCAAGUGGAGCAGUAUAUGUCGUUCCAUAAACUUCCAGCUGAUGUCAGACAGAAGAUCCAUGAGUAUUAUGAGCAUCGCUACCAAGGCAAAAUGUUUGAUGAGGAGAAUAUUCUGGGGGAGCUGAGUGAACCAUUGAAGGAGGAGAUUGUGAGCUUUAACUGCCGCAGCCUGGUGGCCAACAUGCCAUUGUUCGCUAAUGCCGACCCCAACUUUGUGACGGCUGUCCUGACCAAGCUUCGCUUUGAGGUGUUCCAGCCCAAUGACUUCAUCAUAAGAGAGGGAACAGUGGGUCGCAAAAUGUACUUCAUUCAGCAUGGCCGAGUUAGUGUACUCACUCGCGGAAACAAGGAGACCAAACUCAGUGAUGGGUCAUAUUUUGGAGAGAUCUGUCUGCUGACCCGAGGCAGGAGGACAGCAAGUGUCAGAGCUGAUACGUACUGCCGCCUGUACUCUCUUAGUGUUGACAGCUUCAAUGAAGUGCUGGAGGAACACCCAAUGAUGAGGCGUGCCUUUGAGACCGUAGCAGCCGACCGACUGAACCGCAUUGGUAAAAAGAACUCUAUCUUGCUCCGAAAGACAUCUCAGGGAGGGUCCGUGGCAGGCAGCAGUCUAGGCCGUGGGCCUGGCGGAGGUGGACGAGGUGGAGGCUCGGGUGCAGCUGGCUCCUGUGACAGCAUUCUGGUGCAGCAGAUUGUCAAACACGACAGCAUGCCCACCAUGCAGGACAUCGCAGCUGGCAAUCGUGGCAGUACAGGUGGCACUGUUUCCCCCCACCCUCGGCCAGUUAUCUGGGCUCCUCUGGUCCAUGCCCCUCUGCAAACAGCAGCAGCAACCACCAACGUGGCCAUCACCCUCUUGCAACAGCAGCAGCAGCAGUUUCAGCAGGCGCAGCAGCACGGGAUGCCAGCUGGCGUGUUUCUACCUUCUCCACUCCCAAUUUCACCCUCGCCCUCUUCCUGCCCUCUCUCACCCCCACGUCCUCCUAUCCUGCACCCUCGGCAGUCUCUCAGCUCUCUUAUCGGAGUAAUGGGUGGCCUGCCCCCUCGUGGUAUCCCUUCCUCUAUGACCCCUACUCCCUCCCCCUCGACAGCUGGCCCAGCCCCUGUGGGAGGAGCCCCACUGGCUGGUGGAGCUGGAAUUGCAAAGACUCCAUCAACUCCCAUGUCAUCAGUCCCUGCUCCCUUGCAGGCUGGGAGAACUCUACACUACAGUCUCCGUCUCCACACAGAACCCACGGCAGCAAGCAAUACAGCAGGGGUAGGGUCUAACACAUCCCCUCUCCGCAAAGCAACACCCCCUUCUUCUGCAGCCCUAGCAAAUCUGUCCUCUGAGAGUCGGCUCAGCCAGCAGGGUGCAAAAGAGGCUCUGAUGCGUCACGUAGGAGGCGGCAGCACACAGGGACUGCCGGCACUUGGACGCUUGACUCAGGAGGCCCGGUUACUCUCAGCUUCUCAGCCCACACUGCCUCACCGUGGCUGGCCAGGUAUCCAGCCUCACCCGCCACUGCAUAGGAAGGCUUCUGGAGGCAGUCUGCUGCCAGCACCCUUCCUGGUGUCACAAGGACAGCUUGCUCGAGGAGUAAGUGCAGGAGUGUUAAGCUCAAAUACUCCCCAGGUCCAGAAACAACCUGCACACCCACCUCAGCCCCUACCCUCUCCACUUACACACACACACCAAACAGCACCUGCCAUAGGGUCAGCCCCUGCACCUGCACCUCUUGUCUCCUCCUCACCUAAACAGACUCCUCUCUCCUCCACUAAUGCUUCUACUGCCCUCACCCCGGCCUCUUCUACCCCAGGAGUUCCACAAUCCCAGCGGCCAAAGGUUUCUUCCUCCCCUCCACAGGCUCCCUCCUCUUCAGAAAUGAUCCUCACCUCGGGUCCCGCACCGCUGGCCCCUCCGCAAGCCCCCCAAAGCAGCAAACCUUCACCCACUUCCCCUUCACACCCUGCAUCCUUCUCCUCCUCUUUCUGUGCCCAGCAUAUUGCCUCUUCUUUGAGCUCCUCUGGGCCUCAGAGCCCUCGCUCCAAGUUCUCCCAGACAUCUCCUUCGCCAUCUGCUUUAUCCUGCAACACCAGUCCAACUCCCACUGCCUCUGCAACUCCAUCUCACACGCGGACUCCGACCCCCAUUCAGACCCCUAUUCCAACACCUACUCACACACAAGCACCAACACCUAUACCAACUCCAACCCAAACCAGAACUCCCACUCCAACAAACUCAGCUGUCCAGACUCCUCGAAGCCCGACUCCUGUUCAAACCCCUGUUCCAAGUCUUACACAAACUCAAGCUUCUGCACUUACUCAGCCCUGGACCUUGGCCCCCGUCCAAAUACCAGGAGCAGUGAAAAGUCCAACUCAAUCUCAAACUUCGGUGACAAUCCAAGCUCCGAUUCAAGACACUGUUCAUGUUUCUAUCUUGUCUCAAGCCAGAUCUCCACCCAGCCAAAGCCCCACUCAAACACCAACUCAAACCCGAAACACAACUCCAACAAUGUCACAAACCAGCUCUCCUCUUCAGACCCCAGUCCCUAUCCAAACUCAGACACCCACUCAAGUCCCAAUUCCAGCCCAGACUCAGACACCCACCUCCAGCCAAACCCGAAACACAAACCCAGUCCUGACCCAAACUCCAGUGUCUUCAUCCAUCCAAACUCAAACACAAAAGCCAACAUCUUCCCCUCUUCAAAUUUCUAAACUCUCUCAAAUUCCAGCACCAGCCAUAUCUUCACCUACACAUUCACCAAACUCUUCCUGUACCUUUAGUCCAACUUCAUUAGCACCUUCCUCAAUAUCUCCCUCAAAGUCAACCUCUGUCUCAUCUACAGUUUCUAAACCCACUCCAGGUGCCCAGGCCUCCCCAGCCAUUUCCUCCUCUACUUUGUCCAAGGGGGAGAAACAAGACCGGAAGGAAUCAGAUUCACUGAGACACAAACUUCCAGCUAAUAUGUAAGGAGGCUUGGACAAUUGCUUUCCAUCUGGACACUGGAGGAGGGACAGAGUUCACAUGCCAUGUUAGUGAUUGUAGGGAUAGGUAAGGGAGGAGAACUGGAAAGAGACAAAAGCACAUGGCAGCUCUACAAGUCUGAACCUCUGGCUACCAAGGAUGUGCCGUUCCUCAUCACGGUUCCCAGCCUUCAUCUAAAGGCUGAAUUAUACUUUUACAUUUAUGGAUAUGUGAACAUGUGUGAUCAUCAUGCAAAUGCAUUUAUAUAGGUUACUGCCAAUAUAUUUUCCUAUAAAAUUAAUAUGUGGAUUAGAGGGCAGUGUUUACCAAAUUUACAAAAAAAAAUAUGUACAGCAAAUGAAAGCAGCAAGAAUCAACAGCCAAAUGGUAACACACUGGAUGCUACAUAGAAGAUACUUAUAUGCCAAAAUAUUUAUAUAGUUCUAUUUAAUGUCUCAGCCUUAUUCUAGCAAUACUACAUUGAUUUCCCUGGUCAACAGAUCAGCACACAAGUAGUUCUGUUUUACAUGUUGUGCAUCCAUCUUCACGGAAGUAUAAAUCAGCCUUAAGAUGAGGGAUGCGACGAGUGAUGAUUGUCAGUGAUGAGAUUGUGAGUGAUGUUUAGGAAAAACGUGAACUGUGAAGUGAGGGUUAAGUGCAGUGAAAAUAUGCACAGUCCUCACUAACCUCUACCUGUUCUCUCCUCUUUAUCAGCAACGAAUGUGAACUUUCUUUGUCUCGUCAAACGGACAGCAGUCAAACUGGGGGAAUGUGGUUCAUCAAGCACAGGUACCUGCUUAUGCCUCCCUCAAGCUCUCUUAGACAGCAUCACAUCAGGUAGAAUCAAAAUGACAUUAAACGCUGAACAUAUUGACCUGGAACAGCGACUCACACAGCCUGCCACUGCCAGUACGAAAAUGGGACUGUAGAAAAGAAUGGUGAUGAAGGCCAUCUGCAGAAAACUUUGUCUUUGUUUUCCAGGUCCACCCCCUUCUUGUCACCUUUUCUUCACCAAAGUGUAAACUUUUGUCAUGUUAUAAAUAAUAACUAUUAUAAAUAUAUUAUAAAUAGGCACAAUAAUAUUUCUGAAAGAACGGUACUGAAACAAUGACAAUAAUCGAAGUAAUUAGGAGCGAUCCACUAGUAGUUUCUUGUUUCAGGUGUUUGGUGUUAGUUUUGGACAGUGCAGCUCUAGAGUCCUCAUUCAUGAUGACUGGUGUGUUUAAACUGUGUUUUUCGUGUUGCACCUAAAUUGCUCCGUUUUCCACAGUGACAACAGUGCUAUAGAUUCACCUAGUUCUCUGUAAAUACAGGCUUCUCUCUCCGUCUCUCUGUUCGUAAAACACACAUGCUUAAUGUUUCUGUGGUCUUUCAUCUCCCUCUGUGUGAUCAGCUUUCAUCUGUCAAACUGCCUUUAUAGCUGCUACCAUCACCCCGAAGCACACACGCAGUACACACAGACACACAAAAAUAUACACACACAUUCAUACACACACACACCUGCUCCCUUCUCUCUUAUUCUCUAUCUGUCAUUCCUUGCCUCUUGAGAUAUGUUGUGUGCUGUCCUUUGCUGUCUCGUACAGGUAACGUCCCUUUUCUACCCCGGAAACCAGGAUGCCUAGACUGUACAUUAAGGACCAAAUGGUUUUAUUUUUAUUUGUUAUCACAGCUUUAGCUUUUGAGCAAAAACAAUAGUGUGUGGUUCUAAUAAUAGCAAAGGAAGAAAUUAUGAUGAUGAUGAUGAUGACAUGGGUAUGAGUAUGGUAUGUAAAGUGAAUAAUGAAUGGGUGAUUUUAAACAGAAUAAAGAAAAUUUAGAAUCAG